AAAAGACAGCUUUUCUGAGCUAUGGUUUGUAAAAUAUAGGGAUAAUACAAAUGACAAGCAAUGGUGGGUGUGGGUUUCCCUCCCUGCCUCCCUUCACCCCAGAGCCCUGGUAGGGACCAUGUCCCCCGCCAUCGCACUGGCCUUCCUGCCCCUGGUGGUGACACUGCUCGUGCGAUACCGGCACUACUUCCGACUGCUGGUGCGUAUGGUCUUGCUGCGGAGCCUCCGAGACUGCCUUUCAGGGCUGCGGGCUGAGGAGCGGGCCUUCAGCUAUGUGCUCACCCACGCCCUGCCUGGGGACCCCAGUCACAUCAUCACCACCCUGGACCACUGGAGCAGCCACUGCGAGUACCUGGGCCACAUGGGGCCUGUCAAAGGUCAGAUCCUGAUGCGGCUGGUGGAGGAGAAGGCCCCUGCUUCCGUGCUAGAGCUGGGCACCCACUGCGGGUACUCCACAUUGCUUAUUGCCCAUGCCCUGCCCCCCGGGGGCCGCCUUCUCACCGUGGAGUGGGACCCACGCAUGGCAGCAGUGGCUGAAAAACUCAUCCGCCUGGCUGGCUUUGACGAGCGCACGGUGGAGCUCAUCGUGAGUAGCUCAGAGGAGGUGAUCCCACGCCUACGAACCCAGUACCAGCUGAGUCGGGCAGACAUGGUGCUCCUGGCACACCGGCCCCGAUGUUACCUGCGAGACCUGCAGCUGCUGGAGGCCCACGCCCUGCUGCCAGCUGGUGCCACUGUGUUGGCUGACCAUGUGCUCUUCCCUGGUGCACCUCGCUUCCUGCAGUAUGCCAAGAACUGUGGCCGCUACCGCUGCCGCCUCCACCACACUGGCCUCCCAGACUUCCCUGCCAUCAAGGACGGCAUAGCCCAGCUCACCUAUGCAGGGCCUGGCUGAGGUCCAGGCCCAGGGGUACUUACUGCCACCCCUCCACCCCCACCCAAGCAAGGACCUCAGAACAUCCCCUCCCCCACUGCUUGUGGCCUGACACAUGCUGAGCUCUGGGGGGCAGUGUGUGGGGGGGAAGGCUGUCCUCCCACCUUUGCCCUACUCCUGUUCCACACUGAUUCAGGCAUCAAGUUCUGUCAGAUUGCUUGGUCCCACUGGCCCCUCUCCUUCCAGAGAGAGUCAUGGAUUAACAGGCAAGAGUCCUGAGCUCCCAACCCAACUCUAUCACUGAUUUUCUGGGUGACUCCAAAGGAGUCCCUGUGCUGCUCUGAGAUUUAAUCUGCUUUCUUAACACCAAGGAAGCUGGCUGGAAGAGCUCCAGGGGCGUCCCAGCUCCGGGCCACAGAAAGCCUGCCCUCCCCAGCCCAUGCAGUUCCAGGUGGGAUCAGAGGAAACAGAGAGGCUCUGAAGGAAUAUAUGAAUAUAAGCUGGGCCAGAGAUGGAGCCUGGGCCCAGAGCCAGGGACACUCUGGCCUUCCUUAGCCCUGGACCGCAUGGUCAGGUAGGCUUGCCCUAAGUCCCCUGUGUGCCCUCUCCCUAAAGCUCAAGAGAAGAUGCUGGAUUCCUCUGGGCCCCACCAACAAAUAGGGAAUAGACACGGGGGGGAAAAAAUCAGUCCUGUGUCUUUAUUAAAGGGAGUUAGAGACUAUACCUGGCAACCAAAGGGCGAAGUACUAGGCAGAAAGGUGGGUUGGGCUCAGGCCCUGGGGACUCAAGGGCAAACUGAUGGCCUGGGAGGGGCCAAGGAGACCAGUUCCUGGCAGCAGCUGAAGAAAUACCCAAAGGUGAGCUUUCAGGCACUGGGGCAAACAGCUGGUUCUGCAGGGGAUGCAGGGUAAGUUCGGCUGGCCUGGAAUUUCCCUGAGGCCACCCUGCCUUGUCUACCUAGAUCAUCCACUGGUCCUGAUCCUGUUCGUUGCCUUCCAUGUCCACCUGGAGAGAAGGCUGGGUGUGGGUGGGAAGGGGCCUCAGCCACCCAGCCAGCCCCAGUCCCAGAUCCUGCCCGUCUGGAACCAGCGUCUCUGUAACCCUUGGCCACCAGUUAGGUCAGGGGUAGGGGCCCUCCCCCACACCCCUGCCUACCUCAUUGACCUCUCCAUCAUCAGGUGACUCAUUGUAGUCAUUCAUCUCAUCCAUGUCCUGCAUGUCCUCAUCAUCCUCUGAGUCCUCUUCACUAUCUUCAUCAUCAUCUUCAUCCUCCUCUUCCUCAUCAUCAUAGUGCUGGUGAGGCAGGGAAGAGCCUAUAGGCUCUAUAGGGCUGCCUGGACCAGUUCAAGGGCUGGUCCACUUGGAGCCAGUCUCUGGGAACAAUGAAUGACCCUCCAUUCCCCAACCUUGCCCCACCUUUUUGAGUCUAGGAAGCUGAUGCAUGUUCUGUAGGACCUUAGUGCUGGGUCCAAUGGCCACCCACUCUACAUCCCCUUUACAGCCUCCACCCAGAGCUGAAGACCACAACUGCUCUGGGAUCAGAGGCAGAACUUUCAGAAGUAGAGCAGAGCCUUGGUCUGCCUGGGCCCCACACAAGCCCUACCUGCUGGAACCACUCACCUCUGAGGCCGGCUUGCCAAUAGGUACCAGGUUGUUGUCUUUCUCUGCGAUGCUCUGGAGCUAUGGCCAAAGUGGGAGGAGAGCAUGGUCAGGGCACAAGCAGGACAGGUCAGGGACAUGGGACUGGCCCAUUCUGCCCCUAAGAUGACCCCUUAAAUGUGGAGAAGCUUCCUUCCAGUUUCCUGAAAGAGACAAUCCCUUUAUCUCUUGUCAUCUGCCACUUACUUAUA